AUGCCUCCUCCAAUCAACCCAGAGCUCAGGCACGAGGUCAUCGCAGUCUACAAAGAGCUCCUCAACCUUGGCAGAGAAUACCCCCAGGGUUUCGACUACUUCCGUCCACGGUUACACAAGGCCUUCAUGGCCAAUGCUGGACUCCGCGAUGAGGAGGCUAUCAAGAAAGGGAUUGAAAGGGCUAGGUUCGUGCAAAAGGGGAUCCGAUGGCUUGUUUCAAGUAUGCUGGACAUGUCGAAACUGACAGCGAAAUCCGGCAGAAAUCGAGGCGCUGAAUGCGGAAUUCCUGAGGUUUCCGACGACGGCGGGCUACGAUCGAGAGCCGACGCCACGUUUUACGAGUAG